UUUGAGGUUGUUGGGAAUGAGAAUUGCACUGGUGUAACCGAGCAUAAAGCUGUGAUCGCCGAAUGGACCAACGGUGAACCAUAUAAAACGUUCUAUCGCUUCUGGUUUCGUAACAUAAUCACCAUCUUCGUACCUUUCAUUCUCCUUUUCUAUUUCAACAUACAAAUUGUCGUACGUCUUCGAAGACAGCAUCAUGGGGCGAAGCUGUUUCGAUUUGCUACCUCUGAACAUCGAAAAAACAUUCGUGCCGCAACUCGAAUGCUAGUCCUUGUGUCAUGCACGUACUUGGCAUCAAAUGUGCUGAACGUUUUCGUGAGUGCGUGGGAAUUCGUUGAUGUGGGUAGUUCUCAGGGAUUGAUCAAAAUAUUCUCGAUGCUUACAUUAUUAUGCCCAUCAAGUUCUUGUGACCAACGUUAUAUUGUUAUUCAGGAAUUUUUGUUAACUCCUCAGUGGAGACCACUUUACACGUUCAGUUCCGAUUUGGUAUCGCUAUUGACUGUAUUAUCGUGUGCAUGUCGAUUACCCAUUUAUUGCGCUUGCAAUCAGAGGAUAAGAAUUGAGGUAAUUUCUCUAAUUGAAUGUGUGGUAGUUUUUACAUGGCUAUGGUGUGCUUGUGUCGGCUCGUCUGUUCAGUAUUUUGCAUUUACAUCGGAAUAUAAAUUGGCGCUCGAAAUCGUUCUACCAGACGAUGCGAUAUUGCAGUAG